AUGACCAUGAGAAGACAAAGUUCCAGUUUUUUUGAGUUUGGUUACAUAGCGAUAGACAGUAGAAAGCAGUAUAUGAGUUAUUGCGGCUAUUUUUUUUUGGUUCAUGAACUUUUAUUGUCCAAAGUUGCCUUACGAUUGCUCGCUGAUUUACAAGUCUCAAUUGAAGUGACAUAUGCCCAAUUUGUGAGAAAAAUACGUGUAAUAGAAGUAGGCUCCAAUAUUGUAUAA